AUGCGUUUCACCCGCACCGCCAUCGCCGCCGCCGGUCUGGCGAGCGCCGCCACGGCCUACGCCGCCGAGGCUUCCGGCUCUGACGUCCUCGUCCUUUCCGAGGGCAACUUUACCUCGACCGUCGAGGCCGAGCCGCUGAUGCUCGUCGAGUUCUACGCGCCCUGGUGCGGUCACUGCAAGAACCUCGCUCCGCAGUACGAGGAGGCCGCCACCUCGCUCAAGCAGAACGGCAUCAAGCUCGCCAAGGUCGACUGCACCGUCGAGACCGAGGUCUGCGCCGCCCAGGAGGUGGCCGGCUACCCUACCCUCAAGGUCUCGCGCAAGGGUGUCUUCACCGAGUACAACGGUGCCAGGAAGGCCGAUGGAAUCGUCAGCUACAUGCAGAAGCAGUCGCUCCCCGCCAUCUCGACCCUCACGGCCGACAGCAUCACCGAGUUCAAGGGCAAGGACAAGGUGGUUGCCAUCGCCUACCUCUCGGACAAGGACGCCGCUGACCUCGAGGUCAUCACCAAGGUCGCCGAGGCCCAUCGCGACGACUACCUCUUUGGUGUCGCACACGACGAGUCGCUCGCCAAGGCCGCCGGCGUUACCGCCCCGGCCCUCGUCCUCUACCGCAAGUUCGACGAGCCGGAAGUCAAGUUUGACAAGAAGUUCAGCCAGGACGAUGUCGUCAGCUUCCUCAAGGCCGAGUCGGUGCCCCUCAUCGACGAGCUGGGUCCCGAAAACUUCAUGACCUACGCCGGAUCCGGCCUCCCGCUGGCCUACCUCUUCGCCGACCCCGAGUCCAAGGACCUUCAGUCGCAGGUCGAGUCGCUGCGGCCCCUCGCCAAGGAGAACAAGGGCAAGCUCAACUUUGUCUGGAUCGACGCCGUCAAGUUCGCCAACCACGCCAAGUCGCUCAACAUCCAGAGCGAGAACUGGCCCGCCUUUGCCAUCCAGGACAUCGAGAAGAACCUCAAGUUCCCCCUCGAGGACAUCGCCUCGGACCUCACCAGCAAGGUCAGCAGCUUCGUCGGCCAGUACACCAAGGGCGACCUCAAGCCCAGCAUCAAGUCGGAGCCCAUCCCCGCCGACCAGGACGGCCCCGUCCACGUCCUCGUCUCGGACGAGUUUGACAAGAUCGUGGGAGACGACAGCAAGGACAUGCUCGUCGAGUUCUACGCGCCCUGGUGCGGUCACUGCAAGAAGCUGGCCCCCACCUACGACCAGCUCGGCGAGAAGUACGCCGCACACAAGGACAAGGUCCUCAUCGCCAAGAUGGACGCCACCGCCAACGACAUUCCGCCAUCGGCCGGGUUCCAGAUCCAGUCGUUCCCUACGAUCAAGUUCAAGGCGGCCGGAUCCAAGGAGUGGAUCGAGUUCCAGGGCGACCGAUCGCUCGAGGGCUUUGUCGAGUUCAUCGGCCAGAACGGCAAGCACAAGGUCUCGGUCGACCUCGAGCCCGUCAACGACACCGCCGCCGACGCCGCCAAGAAGGACGACGCUCCCCACCACGAGGAGCUCUGA